GUAAAAAUGGUAGUUGGUCAGCGGUCAACAAACAUCAGAGAAAACGACCAAUUAACGAGCGUAUUUCUUCUCUUAUUCCAUAAUUUCCAAUAUGAUUUGAUGCAGAGCCCUCUUGUAUUUCGAAUAGAAGGCUAUGAUUUGAUGGAUUUGAUAUUUGAUUGACUUCCACGAGUUUAAAGAUGGACGAUGCAAUUGUCAAGAAUCAUUUCCUUUUUUUAUUUUAAUGAUACGUCAAACUACCUAACAAUUGGACUUUACGGCUGCUAGACAUGCUUACAAAUGAAGCAAAUUUAUAGGAAUUUGGAAAAAGAUAGUUCAGGAGUGAUAGGAUUGAUACCAGAUGAAGCUGAGGAUAUGUGGCAUGCAUACAAUCUUAUUGCUGUUGGUGAUGAAUUACGAGCACCUACUAUACGGAGAGUGCAAACUGAAUCGUCAACAGGUUCAGUAAGUAGCAACAAGGUUAGGACUACGUUGACAAUAAAGGUUGAGGGUGUGGAAUAUGAUACACAGGCAUGUGUUCUGAGGAUCAAAGGGAGGAAUGUGGAAGAGAAUCAAUAUGUUAAGAUGGGUGCUUAUCAUACCAUUGACUUGGAACUUAACAGAAAAUUUACAUUGUCAAAAGAUCACUGGGAUUUUGUGGCUCUUGAAAGAAUAGAUCUUGCAUGUGAUCCAACACAACAUGCAGAUUUGGGAGCUGUUAUCAUGCAUGAAGGUCUGUGUCAUGUAUGUUUAAUCACAGCCAGUAUGACUUUAAUCCGAGCAAAAAUAGACAUGAAUAUUCCAAGAAAACGUAAAGGAUACUGUGGUCAGCAUGACAAGGGUAUCAUGAAAUUCUAUGAUGCUGUGAUUCAAGCUAUAGUCAGGCAUAUAAAGUUUGAUAUUGUCAAAUGUGUUCUCUUGGGAAGUCCAGGAUUUGUUAAGGAUCAGUUUUAUGAAUAUAUGUUCAAUCAAGCAACAAAGAAUGAUAUGAAAGUUCUUUUGGAGAACAAGUCUAAAUUUUUAUUGGUACAUUCAUCGUCAGGUCAUAAACAUGUUAUUAAAGAGAUCAUCUCUGAUGCAGCUGUUAGCAAUAAAAUUUCUGACACAAAAGCUAGUGGAGAGGUGAAAGCAUUGGAUAAUUUUUAUCAAGUUUUGCAAACUGACCAAGAUCGUGCAUAUUAUGGAAUGAAACAUGUGGAGAAAGCAAACGACGUUUUAGCUAUUGAAACUUUAUUGGUGUCUGAUGAAUUAUUUAGAGCGACAGAUAUUGCUGUGCGAAAGAAAUAUGUUAAUCUUGUAGAAAGUGUCAAAGAAAAUGGAGGCGAAGUAAAGAUAUUUUCAAGUCUUCACGUGUCUGGCGAACAACUUGGACAGCUGUCAGGGGUGGCGGCCAUAUUGAGAUUUCCUGUACCGGAUAUAGAAGAUGACGAAGAUGACGAGGAUGACGACGACAGUGAGUUGGAUUAGAAGCACCGUAAACAAGGUCAGAAGCACUUGAAAAUAAAUUACUUCACUGCUUGAAACUGUUAAAUAAUAAAUAUGUAAAAAUUUACAUUUUGCUCUCAGCAGCGAAGUAGAAUGAUCUUCUACAUGGUGGCAGGGUGUAUAAAAAGAGAAGAGCUUUAGAAAUUUGUGCCAAUAUAACUGAAAUUUCAAUGUCCACGGGUGCAUUAUUGUACAUACAUUAGAUUAAUUUCUUCUAAUUUUUUAUACGCCCUGUUACCUGUAAUAUAGACCAGAAAACGUAAUUGUGAGUCUUUACAAUUACAUCACGUGAUAUAAAAGUUCUGGUUAUACAGGGGGGUAGGGAAAUGACAGCGGACUACGCGCAUACAGAGCAAUUAAUUUAUGUAAACAUUGCCAUUAAUGGAAGUUGUCCCACUUGUCAAAUUAAUAUGACGAAGAAUGACAUGUUAGUUAUAUUAAAUACCCUUUCAUGAGCAUGUUUCAACUUAAAAUGUUUAAAUAAAUACUUUGAAGUAUUUUAUACAAA